CCGGUGUCGGACAUCUAUGCAGCGUGUUUCCCGACCUUAACUUCGCGGCUGCCCGAGGGCUUCUAGACAUGGAAAGGCUUAUUCGGUGUCGGACAUCCAUGUAAAUUGCUUCUCUGAGGCUAACUUUCUGGUGUUAAUUGAACCUUAUCCUUAUGGGGUUGGGAGUCCGUGGGAAUGAGGGUCCGACCAAAUACAGGCGGCGAGAGAUCGAAGCCAGUUCUUUGGAUUGCUGCACUAUUGCUCUAGUCCCCCAAGUUUCGGAUGCCAACGCCGCCGACGGGGCGGACGGCUUGAUGGCCGCCGGACAAGUUACGCGACGAGUCCCGACUCCCAACACCGCAGUCCGAGCUGGGUUCGGGCGCUUGUAUUUUUGGGGUGCUCAGCAUAACACCUUCCGUAACAGGGAUGGGGAUGAGGCUAAGUAACUUUGGCCAUGGCAAUGCACUAUCUGUUCAUUCUGGUUCUGCUCCCUGGGUUGUCUCUUCAACACAAGCACUUUUUCGAAGCAUUGGAGUCCUCCACAGUGCCAGUGCCCGCAAAGAUGGGUGCUUAUAUUGUUCAUCUAGUUCCAUCUCCUUAUAUACAUGUCUUGAUUUCUGAGUCAUCUGGCCAGGUGUCCUCUGACACUCCUGAGUUGUCAGACCGUGCCCGUUUGGACGGGAGUAUUCUUUGUUCACAUCUGGAAAUCAAACAGGUAUCUCCGAGUGCUUCUCCGUUACGGGUAACGGAGUUACAUAGAGUAGAAGAGGGGGACUCUGUUUUAGAGCCUGACUAGUUUUAG